GUUUCAGGCAGUAAGUAGCAUAGACAGACAUUGAACUAUAGCCCUCAAGAUGCCGCCACGGUCACUCUUGCACAUCGUUGAGCGAGCGGACAAUUAUCCUUAUCCACCAUCGCUACCAUCUAUCAGCACAUCAAGCCAUGAUCCAAGUUAUAAGACCUCGCCUUCGGCUCGAAAUCACAUACCACUCCAUCUCUCGUUCGCAGAUUAUCUGAACAAUCUCCCGCCAGUAGGCUUGUUGAGGGACCAAGUGGUUCAGGCCAUGCAGGAGGAGCAUUCGUCUCAGGAUGAAAAUCACGAGGGCACGGAGACAGUCGCAGACGAGCCCAGUACCUCUCAAUCACCUUGGCAAUUCUACCAUUCGACUCGACUUGUGCCCUCAACCCUUCGCUCGCUUAAGACCCCGAGCAAUAAUGAUGAUGACGACGAUGACGAGCAGCCAACGUAUGAGCUCUCACCUCAGUGCGUCUUCUUUGCGGACUGGGUUCUGCAAGGUGGGAGUGAGCGGUUGAGCUCAGUGAUGAAUAACAUCGUUUCUCGCUGGCGAGAUGAGGGCAAGUUCAAGUCGACCCUGGGAGGCUGGCGCAACGAGCAGUACGCCGUGUAUGCUUCUCCCCAGUCGCAUUUCUUCGCGAUGCAUGAUGUGCCGUUAUCUGGGUCAUUCGCCAACAAAGCUUUCACCCUUGAGAGAUCAGCCUGUGCGGUAUUUGGAAUGGCGACGUUCGGGGUACACAUGACAGCGUACGAGAGCGAUGGCGAGAGCAUGAGGAUAUGGGUUCCGAGGAGAGCAAAGACGAAAGCAACAUUUCCCGGCCUGUUGGACCAGACCGUCGCAGGCGGUAUCCCCUCCCACUUGACACCCCUGGAGUCGAUGAUAAAAGAGUGCGAAGAGGAAGCAUCUCUUUCGGAAGACUUUGUCAAGUCUCGCUUAAAAAGCGUUGGGGUAUCGACAUACUUUUACGUCGCGGAUAGUGGUUGGCUCCAGCCAGAGCUAGAGUAUCUUUAUGACCUAAAAGUCCCGCCGGUGGGUCAGGACGGGUUCUUAGGAAUGAAACCUGGAGAUGACGAGGUCGAUUUGUUCAAGCUUAUGACCAUUCCAGAGGUCAUGACGGCAUUACAUGCCAAAUCAUUCAAACCGAAUUGUGCGCUCAUCCUCAUUGAAUUUCUCAUCCGACACGGGAUCGUCACGCCAGAGAACGAACCUCAGUUCUUUGAGAUAUGCUGGCGACUCCGCAGGCGAUUAGAGGUCGCAGUACCCAUGUAGUCGCUCCGUCCACCUGGCGGGUAUCUAUAAUGCAUGAUAUACACAA